AGUCUUUAACUCUACAUUUGCCCCUUGUUUCUCUCCCAUUGAGCAUCUAUAUAUGCUGGCGUCCUUGACUUGUAAUAUUUACAAUACAAACAGAGAGUCGGAGAGAGAUGGAGAUAGUACAGGGUUUGUUGGGGAAGCUAGGUCGCCAAUGCUAUGCAGUCUUGUGUUUGGGGGUUCUGCUUGUAUGCGUAGCUGUAGCUCACUAUGUUUCUGAUGCGGAGCCAAAUGACCUUCGCGAGCGCACCAAGCGUCGUCUCCGAGCCAUAAAUGGUCCUUAUUCGCUUCGUUCCAACGCGAACUACUAGUCAUCAGUCACCUCAAUCUGUUCGGGCUAGACGGGUAUUAAGUACUCAAGAGCUGCCUCGAUCUUUGGUUAAUCUAGAACAUUAACUAAUUUAAUAUAGGUUUCCUUUGGGUUUCUUUGUAUGUAGUAACAAUUUGUAUACGUAUGACCGAGAGAUAGUAUGGAAAGGGCAAAAAAAAAAAAAACACAACGGAAUUUCUACAGCUUUCUAUGUGACUAGAAACCACAUGUAAUAUUGAGGUUGAUAUGUAACAUGUUGAAAUUUACCUUUUCUGCCUACACUUCACUACUUUUCUAUGAGUAAAUAACUCUACAAACAAAACUUGAAUCAAACGGAUUAGAUGUUCGGGAGCGAAUUCCGUUAAAACCAUACACCCGUAGAUUGGUUUCUUAAUUAACUUUACUUUGCGUAAUUAGCAUUUGGAGUGUUGAAGGUGGGUAACCAAUAAAAAAACGCACAUUAAACCAAACUCACAAUUCCUUCAUUUAACAAGAUUUUGGAAUGAAUUAUAUAGACCAAUAAAAAAAAAGCACUGAAAAUAGGUAUGUGUUUGUCUUAAAAAUAAAUAAAUAUAGGUAUGUGAUCCUAUUUCCCAUCCACCUAGACGAAUGAAAUUGAAUGGAAGGUAGAAUCGAAUGGGUUUGCGAUGCUCAUGCUACAAGGAGUUAAUCUGAAAAUUUUAAUAUAAUAGACAAUAAUAACGAGUACAUAAUAAAAUCUUUUGAAAAUAUUGAACCUCUGCAUAUAAACCAAUAAAUAAUAACUUAAAUGCUUAUUUUGUCAUAUAGAUUUUGAUUUCAUUUUUUUAGAAACUUGGGUAACUUAUAAACGGAAGGGCCCGAUGAGCCAUCAGAUUUCGGUCCAAUACUGUGGGCCGGAGGGUACGCCUACUACCUAGAACACGCAAAAGAAACCCUUAAACCGCGAAAAGAGGCGGUUAGAACUUGGAACAGAGGAGCUGGCGUCCCGCUCUCUGCGCUCCACGGCUCGUUUUCCACCACCGGCUCUCAAUGAUUGAGAUAGAAACAGAAACCAUGACGAAAAUAGGGAGGCUGAAGAAUCCUCCUUCUCCAUCUUCUUUCAUUUCGACUUCUGACUUUCGUUUCUGGAGCUUUUUUCACUGGAAGAAAAAGAAAGAUGACCGUUAUAGAUAUUCUCUUCAGAAUCGAUUCAAUUUGCAAGAAGUACGAAAAAUACGACGUCGAGAAGCAGGGGGAGCUCAAUGCGCAUGGCGAUGAUGCCUUUGGUCGCCUCUACGCCUUUGUCGAGGCCGAGAUUUACUCCGCUCUUCAAAAAUCUGAAACGGCAUCAGGGGAGAUGAAUAGGGCUAUUGCGGUAGCAAUGAAUGCAGAGGUUCGUCGAACCAAGGCUCGACUGAUGGAAGAAGUGCCCAAGCUUCGAAAAUUGGCUCAAAAAAGGGUUAAAGGACUUUCUAGCGAAGACCAAGCUAUUCGGUGUGAUUUGGUUCUUGCAUUGCCAGAGAGGAUUCAAGCCAUACCAGAUGGGCCCAUUGCUGCAGGCAAACAAAGUGGAGGAUGGGCAACUUCUGGAUCGCAUAAAAAUAUCAAAUUUGAUUCACCUGAUGGAGAUUUUGACAGUAAUUUUUUCCAACAAUCUGAAGAAUCAAGUCAAUUCAGACAGGAAUAUGAAAUGCGGAAGUUAAAACAGGACCAAGGUCUUGAUUUCAUAUCAGAGGGAUUGGAUACUUUGAAAAAUUUAGCUCAAGACAUGAAUGAGGAAAUGGAUAGGCAAGUUCCCCUAAUGGAUGAAAUCGAUACGAAGGUGGACAAGGCAACAUCUGAUCUCAAGAACACCAACGUUAGGCUCAAGGAAACUCUUGUCCAGCUGCGGUCGAGCCGAAACUUCUGCAUUGAUAUUAUUCUAUUGUGUGUUCUACUGGGAGUUGCUUCCUACCUAUACAACGCACUGAAAUGAGGUGAUUUAAAAGCUUCCUCCGAAAUUGAAGGAUGUUUGCGUAUGUUUCGAGUAUCCGAAGUUAACUUCUUUUUCGUUAUUUACUUAUUAUUUUUGAUCUCUCCGAAAAAAUAAUUUUAAGUUGACAUGGAUUAGAUGUUGAAGAAUUCAGUCUGUGAUAUCUUCUUACAAGAGUUUCUACUCCGAUACUAAAGAAUAUACUGUGUCACUUUAAUAUGGUACAGUUCUUGCGUGCCAUGGAAAAUCAAAUAGCAAUCUAAUGUAUCAAAAGUUUUCUCCAUCUAUGUAUCUA